GGGGUAUUAUCUGUGCGUGCGGGGUUUGGGUUCGCAGAAUACAUUUUGUGUUCGAAUUUCAUAGUUGUAACUUGGAACUCCAAGAUAGUAACCUUAUCGUUGCCAUUGUUGCUGUUGGGAAUCGAAGAGAAGAGAAAAACCACCACGGUCACACUCAAACUCACACAGAGAUGUGGAUGACGACAAUGUCAAUUAGGAGCAGCGGUUUGUUAUGGUUUCGAAUCAAUUGCUGCGAUUCCAAAACAGGACGUGGUUUUGGAGAAAACAGGAUUAAGACCAACAAAGCUGACAAGGGUUCGGUGUCGCCGCAAAGGGGAUCAACAUCGAAACAGUCUCGGUCUGUGCCUUCUCAGGCACCCCUUUUAAGUUCACAAGUUGACAGGAAACUUAGAAACAGUUCUUUGGAUGUUGACUUCGAGGAACGCCUAAAAGAAGUUAGAAGGUCAGCGAUUGAGCAAAAGAAGGCAGAGGAUAAAAAAGAAUUUGGAGCAAUUGACUAUGAUGAACCAAUUUCUUCAGACAAAAAAACAAUUGGCUUGGGUACCAAGGUUGGUGUAGGUGUUGCUGCUGUGGUUUUCGGUCUGGUUUUUGCUUUUGGGGAUUUUCUUCCAUCAGGAAGUGUUAGUCCCAACGAAGACAGCGCUGUGGUCAAAAGUAAAUUGUCAGAGGAGGAUAAAGCUGCUCUUGAGAGUAGGCUUAAGGAAUUUGAAGCGACAUUAAGUAACUCCCCAAGAGAUCCAACCGCUCUUGAAGGAUCUGCAGUAACUCUGGCUGAACUAGGGGAAUACACAAGAGCUGCUUCUCUACUUGAUGAUUUGACAAAGGAAAAACCAAAUGAUGCUGAUGUUUUUCGCUUGCUUGGAGAAGUUAAGUACGAACUCAAAGAUUAUGAAGGGAGUGUUGCUGCAUAUAAAAAUUCAGCAAAGGUGUCUGAAGAUAUCAAAUUUGAAGUUUUGCGUGGCCUCACCAAUUCAUUGCUUGCUGCCAAGAAGCCAGAUGAGGCUGUUCAAUUACUUUUAGCAUGUCGUGAGCGUCUCAGUUCCGAAAACUUGAGCCAAAAAUCUGAUAGCAGCCCAACAGACUCACAGAAGUUGGAUCCAAUCCAAGUUGAUUUACUUCUAGGUAAAGCCUACUCAGAUUGGGGCCAUGUGGGUGAUGCAGUAGCUGUUUAUGAUCGACUUAUAUCUGCUCACCCUGAUGAUUUCCGUGGAUACCUAGCUAAGGGAAUCAUCCUAAAAGAAAACAAAAACAUUGGAGAUGCUGAGAGGAUGUUCAUACAAGCUAGGUUCUUUGCACCAGACAACGCUAAAGCACUUGUAGACCGUUAUUCACGAUAACAACUUAUAUUGACAUUCAUUAUGAAGGUAUGCUUUGUAAAAUAGAAAUCUUUAGGUCAUUAACUAGGUGACAUAAAAAAACCUCUAUCCAUAUUGCAGAUUCACAGCAAGAUAUAAGUCCAAUGAUUUCCCUUGUGUUUAUGGUAGAAGCUACGACCAUUUGAUAGCAUAGUACAAAGUUUUAUGUUAGGCUCUUCUUUAUGUAAUAACUGUUUUUUACAUUA